AUUGUGUUUGAUUUGUGGGGAAUUCCAACGGUCCACUCCACGAAUUCCAAAACCUAAAUAUUUUCGAAAUCCGAGUCGCUCUGCUCACAGUGUUAAUAGCAGUAGUAGUCGGUGGCAUCGCUCAAAUCACAGAAAGGGAAUCAUUUUCUCGGUUACCAAACAGAAAAUGGCAAAAAAUGGGAUAGAGGUGAUUGAGAUAUCUCCCUCUUCGUCUGAUGAGAGAUAUUCAGAAGAGGAAGAAGAUAAUGGGACUCCGUUGAGACCCGUGUUUUGCGUCAAAAGAAACACCGAUAUCAAACGCAUUGAAGAGAUCGAGGACUGCUUCAUAUUGGACUUCGAUCCCUUUGACUCCAUUGAUAUCUCAAAGCUCUCUGUUAGCAAUAGUCCUGUUGAUAAUGAAGUCUCUGUUGUUGCUGAGAAAGGCCAGGUGGCUUGCAGAGAUUAUCCACAUUCAAGGCAUCUCUGUAUGAAAUUCCCUUUUGAGACAACACCUCAUGAGCAAUACUGCAAGCUGUGUUACUGUUAUGUUUGCGAUUCAUCUGCCCCGUGCAAGUAUUGGAUGCAGCAUGAACAAGCACACUGCCAUGCUUCAGAGAAGGUUGGAGAUUGGAAGUCCCGGAGAAAUUUAAGGAAAAAACUACCAGCUGUUUGGGAUUGAAGAAGUUUUUCUUUCUUCGUGCUUUAUUGUAGUUAAUGGGUUUCUGACUUCUGGUAUAGUGGUACAUGACAAAAGAAAAAGUAAAUUGUUUUGCUUUAAUGCUGUCAAAUUAAUGCUUAGAAUUUGAUAUGUGGGUUCUUUAGAUAUGUUUCUACUGCAGGAAACCUUUUUCAUUUAAAGAGGCAUAUGUGCUAUUAUUCCAUCA